AUGAUAACUGCUUAAAUAAGAACCUCAAAAGUCAAAUUAUCAAAACAUAAAAUAUAAAAUAGUUAGCCCACAAUAUUAAACUAUUCAAAUAUAAAUAGUUUUCAUGAAUUUUUUAAUAACAGUUCACAUAGUAAUGAAAAGAGAUAGAGCAUAUUUAACAGUAGAUGUAAAACUGAGAAUAACUAAAUGGAUGUAUCAAUAAAGCAGAACAAACCAAAAUAAUCUAGUUAAUCUACAACCAUUAGUUUGGCAAGCAGUACUAGUCCUAAUUAAGGUAUGAAAAAUAACAAAGGCAAUUCUAACAGCAGCAGUAAAAUAUUGCAACAAACUAAUUCUAUCAAUCCAUUCUAAGGAAAUGGAACAAAUCAAAAACUAUAAUAGUAAUUACUAAAAAUUGUUGAAAGAACUAAGCACAUGAUGGAUAAUUAUUAGACAACUCUUAGAAAAUGGGAAUUAAGGGAACAGGAACUCAAAUAAGAAAUAUCAACCUUAAAAAAAAUCAUUGAAAGAUAAAAUGCUCAACUUGAAAAACACAAUUUAAAUCCAAUAUAUUUAUGA